ACAGGUCACGUGAUGUAAAUUUUUGUUGGGCAUGCGCGAUGCUGCUGAAUAUUUCGUGAUUUUUGAACGGUGAGACGUUUUUUCGCGAAAUUAAACGUUUACGACGCGUUUAUUGUGUUUCUUUACUAUUUUUUGAACACUUACGACUCGGUUAUUAUUGAAAAGUGCUUGUGAGUUGGUGUGAGGAAGUGUUUUCAAAGGUCACACAAAUGGAUGUCUGAUCUUGCGAAGUGAUGUUUUUAUCACAUCCAAUAUCUGUUUGGUUUCUUUGUUUUACGCACGAUCGUGUUACCAGUCGGAAGGUUAAUGCGUGACAAACCAGUGCGCGGCAUCCGUGACAAGUAACAAGUGUUAGUGUCAAGUGACAAGUGUUAGUGAGAUGAGAGCUCAACGGAUUGAUCUUAAACUGUGCCAGUUUUCGAACUUGACAGGAUAAGAGUUCCGAGAUUGAGCGAUGUCGCACUACCCGCAGCUGGCCUCGCUCGAGGCAGCGUUGCCUUUACUCACGAGGCCGGACCUGCGCAUGCGCCAGCAACUCGGUGAACAACUGACGGUGCUGGUCCGCAGGGAGCCGGAGUUGACGCCCGACUUGGUCGACCAACUAGUCGACGGACUGGUUGGCUGGCUGAAUGGGGGGAACUUUAAGGUAGCACAAAACGGUCUCGAAGUGCUAGCGGCGGUGGCUGAACGUUUAGGAACAGAUUUUUCCAAUAAUGUGCCCACGGUGCUACCACAUAUUAUUGAUAGGCUGGCGGACACAAAAGAAGGUGUGCGUCACAUGGCACGCAUUUGUAUCUCGUCACUAGGUGACAGCAAGGCUGUGGCCCCCAGGACUCUGUUGGCGAGGCUCAUACCAACAUUACAGCAUAAGGCACCCCACGCACGCGAGGAGACAGUCAGGUGUAUCCAGGCCUUAUUGGACGCACACGGCGUUACAGAAUUACAACUGCGCGGCGCUGUGCCGAAUUUGGCGGCUCUAGUUGGCGACCCCAACAGUGCAGUGAGAGAUGCCGCAAUGCAACUAUUAGUAGACGUCUACCGGCACGUUGGAGAAAGACUGAGACAAGAUUUAAAGAAGAAAGAGUUGGUGCCGGCGCAGAAGCUCGCGUUGCUCGAGCAGAAAUUUGACGAGGCGAGGGAAGCCGGAUUGUUACUGCCUACAGCAUCGCAAGGCGUGGACGAGGCAGAUUUUAUAGCCCGAUCUGCAAAGAGAACUAUGACAAUGCCCUCCGCCCGCCGCGACGGUGACUCCGGGGCUUCCACACCAGCGUGCGAACAACCAAAGAAAACUAUUGGAGGGCUAUACAGUAUGCCUAGCCGGAAGCCGCCGCCACCUGUUAAGCUUUCAGCCGCUAGAAGCGUAUCAAGCUCAAUAGGCGGCGCGGGCAGCGGCGCGGGCGAGGCGGGCGCGGUGUCGUGCGAGGCGUUCGAGGCCGCGUUCGCGGGCGCCGCGCCCGCCGCCGUGUACGGCGCGCGCGGGCUCGACGACCUGUGCCGACACGCCGCCGCGCUCUUGGGGGACCGCGCCGCCGAUUGGGAGAAGAGGGUCGACGCGCUCAAGAAAAUCCGUUCCCUACUAUCAGCCAAUGCGCACAUACAAUAUCCAACGGAGUUCUCAGCUAAUUUGAAAGAUUUGUCUGUGCCGUUCUUAGUCGUUAUCAAGGAUUUGAGGAGUCAGGUUGUUCGCGAGGCCUGCAUUACGAUAGCACACAUGGCGAAAGUGCUCAAGAACAAAUUGGAACAGUUUAGUUUGUACAUACUACAGGAAUUGAUCAAUUUGAUACAGAACGCUGCUAAGGUUGUAUCCUCGGCCGGCACGGUGUGCGUGCGGUACAUAGUGCUGUACGUACACUCGCCAAGGUUGAUACCGGUGUUGGCCACCAAUUUGACCACGAAUAAGUCGAAAGAAAUUCGCUCCACGCUCAGCGAGGUGCUAGUUCUACUUCUAGAAAAAUGGUCGCCGUCGACGAUAGAGAAGCAGCAGACGGUGGUGAGGGACGCUAUACGCAAGGCGUGUGUCGACGCGGACAGCAACGCUAGGAAUUGUGCGAGAAAAGCGUACUGGGCUUACAAGCGCUAUUUCCCCGAAGACGCGGAAGCAUUGUUCCAGAGGCUAGACAUCGCUGCGCAGAAGCAGAUAGAGCGAGAGAAAAAUAUAGGCAGCGUCGACAGUCUGCAUCAUAUUGGCGCAGAAAGGAGAGCCAUCACCAGUCCAAGGAGUCCGUCAGCCAGUGUUUCAGCGGAGAGGGCGAUGGGUGCCACAGCCAGGUCGGUGUCCUGCGUGGACCCCGCCGCGGCGCAGCGUGCGCGCGCGCGCGCGCUCUACUCCAACAUGUGUCGCGGCAAAAUGGCGGCGGGGACUGCCAGCUUACAGGGGGAAGUCGCCCAGCAAGCGCGGUCUAAGCGGUCGCCGAGCGGGGCCGCGGUGCCGCCGAGCCCGGAGAGGACGGUGCGCUCGAGGUCUAGGCCUGGAGUCUCACAAUCACAACCGACGUCCAGGUCGUCGUCACCAUCGUCCCGCAGCGGGCCGGUGUCCCUCUCCAGCGCCCGACGGCGGCCCUCAGGCAUACCCAGGUCUCUCGCCGGCUCCAGGGAAACCAGUCCCACCAGAAGCGGUCGUUCUAGCAGUGUAGUGGGCGGCAUCAGGAGACGGGACUCUGUUGAGAGGACAGCGCCAUCUAGGACUCCGGCGGGCACUCUGAGGCUUUUGCAGCAGAGUAGAGACAGAGAGGGAGUUCUGAGAAGUCCAGAAGAUAGCUCAGGAUGCGAAGGGCUCAGAGGGAGGGACGACGACUCAGAAGCCUCCAGCGUCUGCUCUGAGAGGAGCUUCGAUUCUUACAGGAGACACGACAAUAUGUCGUGGUCGGGUGUGAGAGGGAUGGAGUGCGGCUCCCCGCCGCCGCCGCCCGACGACAUCCUCGCGCUGUGCGCCUGCACACACUGGACCGAGAGGAAAGAUGGCCUCACGCACUUGGCCAACUACCUAAACAGCGGUCGUUUGCUAACCGACGAGCAACUGAAACGCCUGACGGAACUCCUGAAUAAAAUGUUCGUCGACGCUCACACAAAAGUGUUCUCAUUACUGCUGGAUGCUGUAUGCGAACUCCUAUUGGUCCAUUGGCAACAGCUGAAGGAUUGGCUGUACCAACUUAUGUUUAGAUUGCUAAUGAAACUGGGCACAGACAUUUUGGGCUCGGUGCAGAGCAAGAUAAUGAAGACGUUGGACGUCAUACACGAGUGCUUCCCGGCUGAGCUGCAGCUGCACAAUAUAUUCAGGUUCCUGGCAGAUGGCGCCACAGCCCCUACAAACAAGACGAAAGUGGCAGCAUUAAGAUUUUUAUCAGAUUUAGCUCACGACUACUGCACGCCUUCCAGCUUAGCGGCCGCCUUGCACGGAGGCGCGACGGGCGCGGGCGCGCGCGCGCUGUCGAAGGUGUCCGCGCUGGCGGCGGACGCGCGCGCCGCGGACGUGCGCGUCGCCGCGCGCAGAGCCUUGGCUUGUCUCUACGACUGUAACCCUGUACCUUUCACGGCGCUGAUGAGUGAAUUGCCGCCCGAGACCCAGACAUUGGUCAACGGCGUGGUGCAGCAACACGUGAGGAGGACCUCCAGCACGGGCAGCGACAGUCCGCUGAGGACGGUGAGCAGCGCCAGCAAUUCAGCGAACGCCGAAGACGUCUACUCCAGGAUACGGAAGACGACAUCCGAAAUACACAACUAUACUGCACAGCAUUCUAAUGCUGACUGCGGCAACCACACGUCAAGCAAGGACUCGGGUAUCAGCCAGAUGUCUGACGUCACGCUGUCCAACAAAGGCCAUAAUGGCGUGCCCAACGGACAUUAUAAUGCUGAGGCGAUAGCUCGCGCCGCGUCAGCUGAUAGCUCCGAGGAGGCGAACAGCACGAAGGAAUCAUCGCCUGUGCCCGCCCAUCAUCGGCUGGACUUGUCUCAACACGGGGAAUAUAAUUCUUCACACCUCGGCCGAGACAAAAUUAAAGCAUAUGAAACUGACGAGAACGGAUUCAUUAUAACGAAAUCCGGUCUAAGAGAACAAGAAGUGUUGGAAGCCCUGUGCAAGUUGGACGUUACACAAGCCCCCCCUGAACAAUGGGAAAGUUUGUUGCUGGCAACACACGAGUUGCUGAAAUAUGGCGACUGCAGAAAACCUAACGAGUACUUCAAAAAUAUAGUGAGAGUAGCGUUAGCUGCCCUCUCCAUAGAAGAGAACUCUGGAGACAAGGAGAAUACUGAAAACGUCAGCAACGCCCAACAAUCUUCAGGUUGGGGUUCAGCUAACGAAAGGGCGGCGGCGGAAGCGGUCAAGGUUCUAAUCUGGCUGUGUCGAAGACCAGAAACAAGACCACAAUGGCUGGACUACUUUGAUCUAAUACUAUUGAAGCUCAUCAACGCGUACGGAGCUCUGAAUAAGGAGGUGAUGAGAGCCGUGGACGCGGGAAUGCCGCAUAUAGCUCACGCUUUGCCCGCGCAGCAGGUCCUAGCGCUUCUAAAGCCAGUGAUCCGAACGCGUGGUUACCCUACAUCUCUAUGCGCCUUAAAGCUCGCGGCAGAAGUCGCCAAAGCUCGGAGUUCGGAGCUUACGGACGACAUUGUGUCGCAGCUGAUGGAGGGGGUCGGACAGUUGGCGGACCACCAGAACUCUGCCGUGAGGAAAGCGGCAGUUUUCUGUAUGGUAGCUUUCACAUUCGCGUUGGGGGAGGCGCGCAUGCAGCCGCAUCUCAAACAUUUAUCUGUCAGCAAGUACAGACUGCUGCAGGUAUACAUAAGCAAACAGCGCGAGGAAUCCGGCCGCAGCGGCGGCACGUAGCGGCGACGGCGACGUGCGCACGUCUCCACACGCAGCACGCAGACUGACGGGUAGGGAGG